UGUCAAGAUGUCACAAUAAAAAAACAAAUGGGCAAAUAGCAAACAGAAUGAAUAAAAACUGAUCGUAUUUAGAGUUCAAGAAGGAAUGAGCCGUUUUUAGUCCGCAGUAAGGUUAUUCUUGGAGAUGUAAAAGACCACACUUGACCUUUUGGACUGGAGUGCGUCGCGGUGUUUGACGAUGGUGUAGGAAGACUACGUGAGUCAUGGAAUCUCCUCCAUCGAGCUCAACCUGGUCAGAUGCUUUUAUUUUAAGCGACGACAGUGGUCUGCUGCUCACCAAUGGCUCAGCCUCUAGUGGGAGCGGUAGUUGUGAAAGUAGGAAUGGUGGUAGAAGAAUACCCUUUGAGUUUCAGGACAGCGACUGCGAAGAAAAGUCUCUCUCCCAAGAUGAGUCACUUGAUGACUCGUCUGACAUAAUGUGUGGGGAAAACUUCAAUACUUUGAAAAAGGGCCCUCAUUGGACAGAUUUCACAACAAAACAUUCUGCGUCACCCAUCGAGCCACCUCCAGAAUUUCAGGACAGGCCCAACUACUCAAUGAUAGAAUAUUGUGAGAAGUUGACAGGUCAGAUCAUCAGGCAGGCUUUGCUUGAGUUCAAGGAUGGUGAAUUGAAAAGGCUGCGGCUUCUGACUCAUAUCCAUAGGCCCCUACAUCAUCUACUUGGAAGACCUUACUUCACAACAGAAUUUAUACCUUUCAGUCCAUGUCAUCAUAUUGGCAGACCAAGCUCCAGGAGUUCCCUUGGGUCAUCUAGGUUAUCCAGUUCGCAUAACUCCCUUUCCGUUCCAACGGCUCACAAAGUAGACGAUUCUACUUUCAUAACGCAGGCUGUAUCCCAUGACACGUUAUCGCCGCAUCAGAUCAGCGACCUCUACACGGUACCUUUUGACAGUGAUGUGUACGCUGUUCCUGUGGACGUAGUGAAACCUACGCCACCGGUUGUGUCUAUAGCGAAACCGAAAAAAUUGCAACCAUUUGCCAAGAAAAGGCAGCGGCGCAAUACUGCCGGGGGAGCGUGUAGAGAGGUAGAUCAGAGAUGCGCUGCUAAUGCUGUUGAAACAGAAGUGGUCAGGAAGAGCAGUUGUAAGGCAAGCGAUAAGUCUCAAUGCUACCAGAACGACAAUAAAAGGCAUAGUGUGGCAGGUACUUCGACUCACAUACAGGGCGAACCUAUUCACAUGACUCUUCAAGAAGUGAGGCAGUAUCUGCAGACACUCUACUCCAGUUCGUCGGACUCGUCUGAAGCACAGGAGAAAAUUUAUAAGCCCAAAGCAAAACUACUACUUACCAACAACAAUAAAUAUACUGUAAAUACUAGUAUGAUAAGCAAAGAAAUGAUAAAUAACAGCAGUAGGUCGAAGAAAAAUACUUUUCUUAUCAAUAUAAAAACAAAAAAGUGAAAGAUUCCUGUGAUACUCUUAGGAAGCAGAUAAAUACCUCUCCAACAAAGAAGGAAGAAAAGAGAAAAAAGUCACCUGCAAAAAACGCUAGGUUAUUUUCUUUCAAGCAGACGUUGUGCAAUAUGUUUAAAUUUAGGAGAUAUGUUUCACCGGAACGUAUCAGCAAAAAAUCGUAUAGCAAUAGCAGCGACAAUGUUUUGGAAGACUCUCAUAACAACAUAACGAGUAGAGCAUUGCCACCUUUGCCUAUGAGGCAAGAGACUGAAGACAAGAAAGAUAAUGAACAAACGUUGGACUUCGCUACUAGCAUACAGAGGGUAAAAGAUUAUGGUUGGUACUGGGGUCCAAUCUCAAGCGAAGCAGCAGAAAAAAUAUUGUCCAACGAGCCUGAUGGGUCGUUUAUAGUGCGUGAUAGUAGUGACGAUCACUACAUUUUUUCAUUAACGUUCAAAUUGAACAAUUGUGUUAGACAUGUUAGGAUAGAACAUGAUCAGGGUAACUUUAGUUUUGGAAGUUGUACAAAAUUCAAGUCUCAGACUAUUGUAGAAUUCAUUGAGAAUGCGGUCGAGCAUUCACGCAGUGGUCGAUACUUAUUUUUCCUUCAUCGGCGGCCUGUGAUUGGUCCCGUUCGAGUCCAGUUGUUGCAUCCUGUUUCGAGGUUUAAGCAAGUGCAGAGCCUGCAGCACAUGUGUCGAUUCGUAAUCCAUAAGAACGUUCGUCGUGACCUCAUUGCCCAUCUACCCCUACCGCGGCGGAUGAUCGACUACCUGAAUACCCCCCACUACUACUCGGAGCACUUUGCCGCCGAUUUUUCAGCUGGAGACGAAGAUUGCCCCGUUUCGAUGUCUGGUAGCAGUUCCAGCGAUUCCCCUCGACCCCCUCUUGAACCUUUAGUUGAGAGUGGCACUCCUCCUGUGACAGGGGUGGUCAGCAACUACGUUGUAGUUAGGAAUGGGGGUAGUACACAACACGCAAGAGAAUAAUACGAGGGUGUAUCGAGGUUUGUGUAUUCUAGGCCGAAAAUACAGAUUUCUUCCGCAGGUACAUACUGAAACAGUCCGACGGUACCAUUAAUUUGGAUUUCACUUAUGGGUGUCCCAAAAGUAUGGACACCACCAAAUAACUCUGAAUCUAAAGAAUUUUAAAUACAAAAGUUGUAGGAAAUCAAAUGGCGCACCUUGAGGUGCAUUUCAAGGGCAAGUGGAUUUUUUCAAAUGGGAACCUCCCAAAAAUAGAACGCCAAAAAAUUCCAUUUCAACGGUAUAAUGUACUAGAUAUAGAUGUUAUUUCAAGUUCAACUGUUUGAAUGUUGAAAAGCAGCGGAUAGCUGGAAAAAAGAUAUUAAAGAAGCACUUUCAAUUCGAAAAUUCCAGGACACACAACAGCACGUCUGAUGGUGACCUUCAUUCUGACCUUGGCUAAGACCUUGACGGUAAAUUCAAGUCAAAUUUAUUUUGUCACAUGGAAACAGGACAGAUAGACUUUGCUAGUGGAAAAAGAGAUCUUGGACUGAUUCUUCAAGAUAUUGAGGGAAUACUAUUUCAUACUAUACUGAAACAGUCCAAGGGUACCAUAAAUUUGGAUUUCACUUAUGGGUGUCCCAAAAGUAUGGACACAACCAAACAACUCUGAAUCUAAAAAAUUUGUAGGCAAUCAAAUGGCGCAUCUAGGGGUAACUUUGGAUUUGACAUUGACAUCCACCUUGAAGUUCAUUUCAAGGGCAAGUUGAUUUUUUCAAAUGAGAACCUCCCAAAAAUAGAACGUCAAAAAAUUCCUUUUCGGCGGUAUAAUAUCAUAGGGGCUAAAUCUAGAUAUAGAUGUUAUUUCAAGGUCAAAUGUUGGAAAGUUAAAAAACAGCGGAUGGCUGGAAAAAGGGUAUUAAAGAAGCACUUUCAAUUUGAAAAUUCCACGACACGCAACAGCACAUCUAAUGGUGACCUUCAUUCCGACCUUGGAUAAGACCUUGAAGGUAAAUUCAAGCUCAAAUUUAUUUUUGCACAUGGAAACAAUACAGAUAGUCUUUGCUAGUGGAAAAAGAGAUCUUGGACUGAUUCUUCAAGAUAUUGGCCACUAAAUGCAAGACAGGCUAAUGUCCUACCAGUGAAGGCGAGCCAGGUUGGCGUGCAGUAUUCGGCCAGUAAAGGCAAGACAGGAUGUCUAAAAACUGUUUUAUUAUAAUUAGUUUUCUCCGUUUUGUGACUUGAGUAUGUUGCACCUUGUUCACGUUUAUUUUAUAUUUCAAAACAUCUUGAUCGCAUUUCCAAGAGAGACCUAGAGUCUUAGUUUCGUGAUCUUUGUUUGCUGAAAAUUCCACAAUAUUUGGCGAAUAUUCGUUGCCUGAAUCAUUUGUUAAGUUUUUACUAUUAGAUUUCCACUUUCUCAGGUCAAAUCCCCGCUGGAGUAAUAUCCGUGAAAUCUGAUCUUUUAUAUAAUUAGCUUCAUCUUCAGUAUUCACACAAGUUAAUAAGUCAUCGACAUAUCGUUUCGGAUGAUCUUCGAUAUAGUUGGGUGCUUCGCACUCAUCAGCAAUUUGAUGUAAACAUCUGAUCGCUAAAAAGGAUGCCGCUGUAGUUCCGUAUGUGACGGUAUUCAAUUGAAAUGUUCUAAGUGGUUCAUUGGGGUUUGAACGCCAUACAAUUUUCUGUAAUGUAAUUUACGCUGAUCAGGAUUCAUCAAUACUUGUCUGUACAUCAUCUUUAUAUCACUAGACAGUUCAACGAAUCGCAAACGAAAUCUAAUAAUGAUGUUGAAAAGAUCUUGCUGAAUGAUAGGACCUGUCAUCUGUAAAUCGUUCAAAGAUAAACCGCUAGAUGUAGGCGCCGACGCAUUAAACACAACGCGCAAUUUAGUCGUGCAGCUGGAUUCUUUCAGCACCCCGUGGUGCGGCAUAAAAUAUUCCGUAUCAUCCUUUUCAUCGCACGUGAUGACAUAUGUCCCAAAUUCGCGUAUUGAUCUAAGAAGUCUGUAUAUAACUUCCGGAAUUUUUCAUUGGUUAUUAACUUUCGUUCAAGCGAUAUGAAUCGUAAGUUUUGCCGGAGAGUCCUUAAGUAGAAGAGAUAAUAUCUACCUUCUUCAGAAGUUGUCAAGUGGAUUACGAAAUGUUCUUCGCAUAAAGUCUCUUCUCCGACCAGGGUUUUUUUUAUCUACUUCCUGAACUUCCCACAAUUUAGCUAGUUGAUCUUGGAUCAAAAGAUUUCUGGUCAACCCACAAUGCGAUUUUGUUGUAGGUAUAUCUGUUACGGGUAAAGUUAGAAUAAUGAUUAAACUUAGGUUUACCCGGGUAAACUGCACAAUACGCAGACAACAUGGGUAAAGUGCAAAAUAUUACUGAAAUUGUAAAUGUUUCGAACUUUACCCGGGUAAACCACGUUCUGUCCACUUUCGUGUGGUUAAUGUUAAAAAAUAACGCCAUAAAUGUUUUAAAAACACAUUUUAUUGAAAGAACAGAUUUUAAAAAACAAAGGUUACACUGAAACUGUAUCCUAACAAAGUACAAGAUACUAGAAUCUAUUUGUUUAAACAAGAUAAGCUGUUAUGACAUUUUGAGUUACAAAGAUUUCCAAUAGCCUUACAUUUACACUUAUUGCUUAUGCAUUUAGUUUUACAGUUGCAUCGUUUGUAACCUUGACCUCCUAAAAGAGAUUGUUAGUUUGCAAGUUGUCGUGAAGUUUCCAUAUCUACAAGUUUCUCAUUACAUGGUUGGUUCCUGGAAAACAUCUCCUCGAUAGUUGCUCUCUUGUUUGCUAGCUUAUAAAAAUCGUCGUCAGUUUUUUUCGAUUACUGUCAUGAGAACAUUUCUAAAUUCACCCCUCCCUCUAUCAACGUCUGGAAUUUUCACUCUCACUGUAUCUCCAACAGAACAUGGCGGAAACUUUGAAUUAGACAAAUCUUUCAUUUUCUUUGCUAGAUUUUCUAAAUUUCGAUUUGCCUCUAGUCUGUUUGACCGUAUGUUUUUUUUGCACAAACAAAGUUCACAACAUAUAUUCCUCGAUGUACUUGGUUUGUCAUACUCUGAACAUUUCUAAGUUUCCAUAUUACCAGCGUUUUCUCUAUAAUUGUUGUUGAUAUUUUGCAUAUUUCCAUCUUCAGUAAUCUGUUCUUGCAUGUUAUCUGUUUCUAGGUUACUGUCCAUAGAUUGGUCUUCAUUUCGUUCUUCUUAAAGCUCUUCACCUACACCAAAUUCCUCCACAACUUUCUCGAGCUCUUCUUCGGUUCGUACAUUUUCAUUAGCUUCUUUUGGAAACGCUGAUGUGGAUAGGCCGAGUUUAAUAUAAUGCCCAAACAUGGCAGCAUAAGGAGCUUGUUUUAUCCCGUCAUGGUAUGUCCUAUUUUUCAUUAACUGGACAAAUCUUAUACCUUCUGACCAUCGCCUGCAGUUUUCAUCAUCCAUCCACGUCAUAAGCAUAUUUUGUAUAUCUUGAUUUGCUCUUUCCACGCUGCCUUGUGACUGACUAUGACGUGGUUUGCCAUGGACUAUUUUAAGGCCACUCCACAUUGUACAUAACCAUUCAAUGACACGGUUGGCCAACUCACGGCCGUUGUCCGAUUGUAGUAUGGAUGGGGCGCCGAAAAUACAAAAUAUGUCUAUCAGGCUCUUAGCUACUUCCUCAGCCCUUUUCGGUGUUAAUGCACGUAUUUGAGGCACAGAGAUAAUGAUAUGCUUGGAUGUCGUUGAUUUGCGCAUUAUUGUGAAUCAUAGAUUCGAACAUGUCUUUAAAACCCAUCCAUUUGGGCAGUUUGAUCUCGGGUAACUUAAUACCCUCCAUUGCGAUCGGUUUUUCAUGUUGAGAAGAACAAGAACGUAUAGAAUUGUUAUCAAAACUUUGUAGUGUACACUUCGCGUUUGAUAUUAUAGUGUAAUAUUUGUUUUCGAAGUCUUCCCGGACUGUAAACUGUUCCUCUACGUCUUCUACUUCACAUUCAAUCUGGGACUGUACUCCAUCAAACCCAGAAAGUAGAGCUUCAGCGUUAUUUAUACGUUGCUCCAAUUCGACUAUCCUUGACUUGCCCCUCGUAUCAUCAUCCAAGCUUUCAAAAUCGAAUAUGUAUUUCUCAAAAAGCGUCAAUUUCGCAUUAAAUACAUACACCGCGUCGUCUUAUCAAGGCUCUAACAUCAGAAACCUCUGAUUCAGUCAUCGUCUUUACGUAUAUAAAUCGUGAAUAAAGUGCAGAACAUUCAACGAAAUGUGUGGACUGUAUGGACUGUACUAUAUAAUGUAUCAAUGAACGUGUUAAAUAACAUAAACGACUUGAAGUAUUUAAUGUACUAAACGAAUUAAAAUAUGCACUAGAGGAAGCAACGUAUUAAAUGUGCACUAGGGCAAAUAAUGUAUUAAAUGUGCACCAGGGCAAAUAGUGUAUUAAAUGUGCACUAGGGCAAAUAAUGAUUCGUAUUUGAGUCAAUACUGAAUAGGAAAGUGAUAAACGUUCAACGUAUCUUGAUCGCUGCGCUCGGGGAAAAGGGGCUGCUUGGCUUCCACCGGCAGUUUCUCUUUUCAGAUGAACUAUUUCGUGUUUUCCAUAGAUCCCAACAGGCUCGAAGGUCCAUGUUGCGUGUUGUAGAGAAAUAGGCACUGGUUCUAGGUUUUGGGUUUAUCCAAAGUUACAAUGCUAAUGUGAUUUUGCAAUAUAAAAAAUGAUGCGUAUGUCUGUGACCAAAACGGCGGCGUCUUCAUGUGGCCCCACUCCAGCGAUCAAUGGCACUCAGUGGCGGGACAUGUAGGGCGCUUCACGUAGUGGCAGGAUAUGAGGUUUACGGAACACACAGUUUAACAUUUUCUCCAUUUAAUUUGAC